GGACUACAUGGUCAUGAUGUGCAAUGAAGGUUCUACUUUAUAAACUGAAAAAAAAUUCUACAACAAAAUUAUAUUAUACCUUUUCUUUUGAAAUCCUUGUGUUACAUAUUAGUUUAUUAAGAAACGGUAACUGCCUCCUUGUAUUGUUUACAAGCGUUUCUAUGGUGCACUUAAAAUGUUAACGUAGUAACGGGAAAAGCCGAUGGAAGCCGAUUGAGUGCCGAAAGGGUGAGGCAAGUGGGUGCCUGGAGAGGGAGGACACGAAGGUGCAAGAGGCCAAGAACAGCUCGAAACGGUAGCCAUCAUGGAAUCUCUUGUAAGUUAUUGUAGCGACGACGAAGAAAAUGAGUCAUGCCCUGGAAAUGAAACCAGUAUAAACCAAAGAGAAAUGGACGCAAUAAGCCGUCAGGCAGAUGAAGAUACUAAUUAUGACAACGUACAAAUGGAUAUGAGUGAGGAAUCAAACAACAACAACUCACCUGAUAGGAAUAGCAGUGGUGAUUCAAGUGACAGUGAGAAAUCAUCUGUGGGUAGCUCUCACUCACGAUCUCGAAAAUCUUCAUCGAGCAGUAAUGGGAAUAGUCCUGCCAGAUGUAGUAGGCAACCUGCUUCUUCUCACUCAGUUAUAAGCAAUGUUGAUAUUGCCUCUAAGGAAAGAAGUUCAGAUUCUCGGUCCCUUAGAACCCAGUCUCAAGGCAAGGACUUCACAUCAAAGACACACGGACAAUCACGAGAAUAUGAAGGAAAAGACCAUGCUUCAGAAAAUGUGAAGAAGGAUCGUAGUAACAGAGAUAGAGGAAGUCGAAAUGAACGGGUAAGAGAAAAGGAUCAUUCUCGGGACAACAGAUCUCGAGGACAUAGUAAGGAUCGCAGAGAAGGAUGUCGUAGUCAGUCACAGGAGAGACGCAGCCAUUCGCGAGGAAAGGAUCAAAGAAGUAGCCCUCAUGGAAGGGAUAGAGACAGGCAUCAUGCACGAAGCAAAGGAGGUAGCCCCGAUCGUAAAAGAGCACGUUCACGAUCAAGAUCACCUGGCCAUUCCUAUUCAAGUUCAAGCAGUUCACGAUCGUCAAAGGAUUCACAUAGGACACGAUCUCGUAGUCGCGAUAGGCAGUCUUCAAGCACAAGGUCACGAAGCAAAGAACGCAUCAGUGAUAGACACAGAUCUCACAGCAAAGAGCGCCAGCGGUCCAGGAGUCGUGAACGAAGGCGAGGUGCUUAUGAGAAGAAGCCAAAUAAACUCACGAUUCUGGAGCGCUUGGGGAUUGAACUGCGCCCUCCUGAUUCAAUGCCUGCAGUGACACCUCAGCAACUGCUGCAGAGAUCUAUGGAGCAACAGGUAGCUCAAGUGAAAAGUUCCACUGGUAUAGAGCUUCCGAAAUACUAUAAUCCAGCAGCAAUGAACCCAAUGCGUUAUGCAGAACAGAUGCAAAAGAGGAGACUACUUUGGGGUAAUAAGUCAAAUACUCAGGAAGCUCCUGGAGAACCUAAACCUACAUCCAACAACAAGUGGGAAGGCACAACAUUUGCACAGGAUCAAGAUGGAAAGAUGACUGCCAAAUUCAAAAGGCUUAUGGGCAUAAAAGAUACUGGUCAAGGUUCCGGUGCAAGUAACUCUUCUGCAGUUGACGGCAAUGAACUAUUGAAAAAGCAGGAAGAGCUCUUUAAUUCAAUGGAAAUGCAGUAUGAAGUUGCAAGGGUUGCUACGCACACACACAGAGGUGUUGGUCUUGGGUUCGGCACAUUCCAGUACCCCCGAUGAGUUUUGGGACCAAAUUGAAUUGGACUUCAUAAGGAGUACCUUUUGUUCAGUAGUCAAUUCCUACAUUUCACGAUACUCUGAAAGUGAAUUGAUGUUGUGGAAGCAAGGAUUUGUUCCUCUUAAGUUUGAGGAAAACUGUAUAGAAGAAAUUUAUUGUACAUAAAUUGCAUAAUAUGUAUUGAAACGUUGUGUGCUGGGGAGUUAUGCUUUUGUAAAUAUUCUGUAUUUAUUUUCAUCCUAUUGAUGUUUUCUGUCUGCAGUAAUGGCAAAUAUGUAUGUCUAGAUGAAUCAGACUUACUUUUAAAGAAAAUUGAGUGUUGUGUGCAAUAAAUCAGUCACUAUAAUUGUUUGUUUCUAAUGAUUUGCAUUGCAACAUCUUUUCUGUGAGAAAAAAGGUGAUUUGUGAUUGUGUUAAAAAUAAUCAGGAGCGAAGUGUGCCUUUUCUUAACAGCUUUGAAAUUGUUGGAGACUUUGAAAUGUCAAAUGUUGUGAAUGUGUGAGGAAACUUUGUACUACAGUUAUUUCAUAAAACCAGUUUCUAGGGCAUAGUUACAUAAAUAAGAACAUGAAAAAUCUGAAAUGUAAUAGCAUCAGUAGGUUGAAUAUGAUCUUUGUCCUUGUUGGGUUUCUUGUAGAAGUUUGCAAGUUAGUAUACUGAUGCAUGUUGCUUUUUUCCAACAAUUACCUUUGGAGCUCAGUUUGAUUUCAAAGGUCGAAAUUUUUUAAUUGGAAUGUGGUUGAAGUUAGUGUUUCAAUAUAGUUUGUAUGGAUAUUCAUAUAUUAUAAAUUAAGUGAGAAUUUCCAUUUGCCAGUUCUUUCACUUGUUCCACUUAAUAAUUCCACUUAUGGAAUAAUUACAGUAUUGCUUGUAGUAUUCUUAAAAAGCAUUGGAAAUUGGAAUUUUCUUUUUAAGAAAAUCUUGCAACUACUAAAUAUUGAAACUCCUAAAUGAUGGCUAACUUCUGCUUCUGUCUUUGAUUUGUAAUUGAGAACUUGCGUUGCACUGAGCGAUGCAUUUCACUCAUUACUGUAAAUUUAACAUGGCUUAUUGCCCACAAUACAAUCCUAGUGUUAAUUGAAAGUGAGAUAAUUGAAACACCUUUCUACCUAAGUCAUCAUUUUAUUCAAUAGUGAUCUCUUGUGCUGAAUUGUACAAAUGUUUGUUUUUUGUUCAAUUAUGUAUGUUACAAUAGACAAAAUUAGAAAAAGUUUUGUGAAUUGGAUGUUAUUUCCUUACUAAAGAACAUACUUUUUGUGUCCAAGUUAACAUUUAGUAUUUCCCAUGUGCUAUGAUGGGUAAAGUUUUUACAGGAUUUUGUCCAUAUACCGUAUUUACCUGAAUAUAAGAAACCUUUUGAAAAAUGUGGGGUCGUCUUAUAUUUGCAUAUUAAUCCUACUCAGUUAAGAUUUAAGACUACAUUGCCAUUUCAUGACACAAAACUCGUAAGUGUUGCUGUAACAAACUGCGGAAACAGUAAAAAUAUUGUGUAUUGACAA